CCAUGGACUCCCGACCGAGCGCUGGCCCAGUGAUGACGUCAUCGGCCAGCUCGCGGCAAGUUUGCCUGGUGAUGACGUCAUGGACCGACUGACGACCGGUUCCCAUGGUAACGGCGUCUCGGGUCACCCGACAGCGAGCACUGACCCUGGCGACAUAGCGGAUUCCAUCUGUCGCGGUUACGGCAGCCGUCCUGACCGGUACGAUUGCCAGCGGUUCUACCAGUGUGUACCGGGCCGCCGUCCCUUCCAUCUGACCUGCCCGGGCGACCUGCACUACGACCCCCGCCGCCGCGUCUGCAACUGGCCCUGGGCGCUCAGGCCGCUCUGCGUCUCGGAGCCGCAGCCAGACCAGACGUGCGGUGUUCCCGCGGUUCGCUCCACUCUGACCGAUCAAGAUUCGCACAGGAUUGUGGGUGGGCACGACGCGCCCGCUGGCAGCUGGCCAUGGAUGGUGUCACUGCAGCACCCAGAGCUUGGGCACGGCUGUGGAGGCGCGCUCAUCUCCGAGGAGUGGGUCGUCACCGCGGCACACUGUUUCGACGGCAUAGACUGGCGAAGCUUGUACGCAGUGUUGGGAGAACACCGUCUGAGUGAAGAAGACGGGACCGAACAGGCCAUUCCUAUUGCUGAGCUCAUUCGGAACGACUUUAGCUGGGAGAACAGGACGACGUGGCACAACGACAUCGCGCUGCUCCGCCUGGCUGUACCUGCAACGCUAAACCGCUGGGUGGCGCCCGUGUGCCUGCCGGACAGCGAACUCACCCUCCCGGAAGGAACCAUUUGUGUGGUGGCGGGGUGGGGCAAUUUGGUGGAGCCGACGGGGCCUGAUGAUAUUGUGUCCUCUGACGUGCUUCAGGAGGCGGAGGUGCCGCUAGUGGACACAGACAGAUGUGACGCGCUCCUGCCGGACCCCAUCACCACUCAGGUGUGCGCCGGGAGGGACGAGGGAGGCGUGGACGCCUGCCAGGGUGACUCCGGCGGGCCGCUAGUCUGCGAGGCGUCUGACGGUCACUGGUUUGUGUACGGCGUGACCAGCUUCGGUCAGGGCUGCGCCAGGCCGGGGAGGCCCGGAGUCUACACCAACGUCCCCGCCAUGAAGCACUGGAUCUUGCAGCACAUCAGCGCCCUCUAGAUAAAACUGUAGGAACUGCAGCUGUCAGGUAGAACAUCAGCGCCCCCUAGAUAUGACUGUAGGAACUGCAGCUGUCAGGUAGAACAACAGCGCCCCCUAGAUAAAACUACUAUCCGGAAACUAGGAACUGCAGCUGUCAUGAAGAACAUCAGUGCCCCCUAGAUAAAACUAUCCAGAAACUAGGAACUGCAGCUGUGACGAAAAACAUCAGGUACAGCAGCGCCACCUAGAUAAAACCUUCAGGAAACUAGGAGCUGCAGCUGCCAGGUAGAGCAAAAAAGCGCCACCUAGAUAAAAACUAGGAAUUGCAGUUGUAACACCUUAAACCACUGACCAUCCCAUAUAAAAGUUG